AACGCUGGCAGUACGUGCAGCAGCAGCUGGCGAUCAUUCGCAGCCAAAUACCACCACCGGCGUUCAAAUUCCCCCCAGCACAACUGCAGUCAGCGUGGCGGAAAGCAACACCAUCAGCACCAUCAUUGGUGGAUGCCGGAGAGUCUGCGGGAGGGGAAACGCCCCUAGGGAGGGAUAGCACUCGACAGGAUUCUCCUCACAGCAAACCAGGGCUUUUUUGGCCCCAAAAACCAGCACUAAUCAUACCAGCAACGGGGAACACAGAACGGCCAAUGACCACGAAGGAGGAUACAGUGAAUCUGGACAAGGGCGGUGAGGAGCAGCGCACAGACGAGUGGUUCACACUGAGAGCCAACCGGCUGACAGCCAGCGCGUUUGAGAAGGCCGUGGGGUUCUUCCCAGGGGGCCGGCAGCAGCUGUGGGAAGAAAAGCUGGGGCUGCGGGCGCCGUUUGCCGGGAAUGAGGCGACCGCGUGGGGCAUGUGA